AUGCGUUUCUCUCUUGUUGCUGCUGCUACACUCCCCGUCCUCGCCUCCGCUGCGGACAUCCUUGUCCAAGUGGGCGCCGGAGGCAAGCUCGCCUUCUCGCCCACGAACAUCACCGCCCAAGUCGGUGACACGAUCCACUUCCAAUUCCAGGGCAAAAACCACAGUGUCACGCAAUCGACCUUUGGCAAGCCCUGUGAGAUCCAGACGACCCCGGCCCAGGGUAUCGACUCGGGCUUCCAACUCGUCCCUGCCAAUGCAACGGAGCUGCCGGAGUGGAGCGUCACCAUCAACAACGACACCGCUCCGCUGUGGUUCUUCUGCGCCCAGACCAUCCCCGCAAACCACUGCCAAGCGGGUAUGGUCUUCUCUGUGAACGCAAAGCCCGAUAGCGAGAAGUCGUUUGCUGCGUACCAGGCUCUCGCGAUGAGUGGUAAUGCUGCUGCAGCUCCCGGUGGUGGUGCAGCUCCUAGUGGAGCGCCUGCUGCUCCAGGCGCUCCUGGUGGUGCACCCGCUGCCCCCGGCGCGUCUUCCGCCGGCGCUGACUCAGCUCAGGCUGGACUACCCACUGGUGCUCCUGCAGGUCUCCCAGGUCAAGGCGGCGCCGCUCCUUCCGGUCCUGAUGCAGCAGCCGCACUCACCUCAGGAGGUGCCCCAGGUGCCCCAUCCCCGUCGCCGUCAGGCAACACAACUGGCGCUGGCUUUGCGUUGGCUGCUUCGCCGGUGCACUUCCUGGCGGCAUUUGGUCUUGCCGCUGGGCUCUUGCUGUAA